UCAUCAUUGCUAGAAGUGAACUUUCAGUGGGAGCAAAGCACUGAUGCUCUUUUAAAAGGACCGUUUAUGUUCAUGUUUAGGCACGAACAAGUCCAUCAACUCGCCAAAGCCCAGAAGACCUGCUGAGAUCGGCUCCUUAAGUGUUUCUGCAAUACGAGCCGAAAUUAACAACCACCAAAAGAAUUUGGACGGGCGCGUUUGUUAUGGAUAGUGGAGUUGGAAGUCUAUAAUUUUGAGAUAAUCGUUUUAUCACUGAGUUUUCAGCCUUAAACCCAUGCCUGCUCCUGGGAAAAUGAGAAAGCCUGAUAUUAAAAUUGUAAUCCUGGGAGACAUGAAUGUAGGGAAAACGUCCCUCCUGCACAGGUACAUAGAGAGAAGCUUCAAGGAAACUUUAAGCACAAUCGGCGGAGCGUUCUUCUUGAAGCAGUGGGGUCCCUACAACAUCUCUAUCUGGGAUACAGCGGGUAAGAUUGAUUUUGGCCAAUACAACGGAAAUAAUCAGAUGCAGAAACCUGCAGUUAAAGGUCGUGAACAGUUCCACGGUCUAGGCUCCAUGUAUUGUCGUGGCGCUGCAGCCUUCAUUCUCACGUAUGAUGUCACAAACUGGCAGAGCUUCGUAGAGCUUGAAGAUCGCUUCCUACCUCUCACUGACUCGGCCAAUAGUGACAGCAUAUUUGCCAUUGUGGGCAACAAAGCAGAUCUCACUGACCCUCAAGCCCAUGUUAUGACCCUGGAGGAAGUCAGGGCAGAAGAGGGUAGUGUGCUUCCCCUUCCAUUCUUUCCCACACCUCCAGACUUUCCCUUGCACAAACAGGUGAAUCAGGAUGAUACCAUAGCACUGUACAACCGCAUAAUUCGCUAUAAGGCACUAGAGGGCACCAGCCCACCAGCGGAAAAGAUGUGCUUCGAGACAAGUGCUAAGACUGGAUUUAAUGUAGAUAUUAUGUUUGAGACACUCUUUGAUCUGGUGUUGCCAUCCAUCAUUCAAAAAUGCUCCCAAAGUGAGUCGCCAAUAUUGUAUUUGGAGGACUAUAAUGAAGAGGGGAUGAAGAGCAAAGGGGAUUGUUGCACAUGAAAAUAUUUGCAGAAGAGCAUCUGGAGUCUUGCAUGAAUGUCCAU